UAAUAAUAAAAAAUUAUUAAUAGUAUAAAUAAUAUUAAUAACACAAUAACAAUAAAAACAAAAUAUUUUAAACAAAUAAUAGUUUAUAAAAAAUAUAAUUUAAAUAUUUAAUCAUACACUUUUAAUGUUUCUUUAAUUAAUUGUUUUUUUAAAAUUAUAAAAAUACAACUUUUAUUUAUAUACAACUUUUAAAAUGAAUUUAAAGUUUAAAACAAUUUCUCUAAUACUAUUCUUAGCUGGCGCUUUAACUGCUAAGGGAGCAGAUUUAUCAGAUUGUUUUUCAUCCCGUUCAACAUGGUAUGAGGCAAUUCAACAUGGUAACUGUGGUUACGGGCAACUUAUGGGUCAAACUGGCCCAGGUACUUUAAUGAUUGCCGCCGCUGCUACUGCUUUAUAUAAUGGCUCAUACUCUUGUGGUGAGUGUUAUCAAAUCUACGGUCCAGGAGGUACAGGUACUGUAAUGAUUGUAGAUCAAUGUCCAGAUCCAGGAUGGUGUGAUACCCCAUUCCCACAUUUAGAUUUAAGUCCAACAGCCUUUAAUGCAACUAUUGGCUCAAGUGUUGGUGUAGCAAUGACAACUGUUAAAAAAGUAUCAUGUGAUGUUACAGGUCCAAUUAAAGCAUAUAUGAAAGAUGCUGCAACCACUGCAAGUUGGUUCGAAUUUAUGGUUUUCAAUCAUAAAGUUGGUAUUGCUUCGAUCUCUGUCGAAGAUCAAACAGGUAAAAUAACAGAAGUCCCAAGAAGAUUAUACAACUAUUGGACUUAUAAUGGUGCCACUGCCACUUUCCCAGUAAUUGCCCAUGUUUAUUCAAUCUAUGGUGAUCAAGUCGAUAUCUAUAUUAAUGCUCCAACUGGUGCUACUCUCUACGAAGGUGAAGGUCAAUUCGGUGAUCCAAAGACUUCAUUCAACACUGACAAUUGUACUGCCCCAUUCCCAGUUGAUGCUGAUGGUUGGAUCUUUAACAAUGGACUUGUCAAACCACUCAACUAUGAUCAUCCAAAUCUCGGUUGGGCCGAUUGGUCAAACGGUGUUACUGUAAACUGGGAAGAUUCAUCAACCCCAGGUGCCGAAGCCGAUUCUACAGCAUGUGCAAGUGGUACUCUUAGUGGUAAUAAUGCAAUUCAAAUCGGUACUGAUUUACCAGUACUAUGGUCUGGCAAAUUCAAAAGUCUCGAAUUCUACAUUAAAACUGACUCACCAGUAUCAGGAAAUCUUAUCGUUGAAUAUGGUGGUGGAUCAGGAUUACAACAAAAACCAUCAACCACUGCUGCAUGGACUAAAUUCGAUUACGAUUUAACUGCAGAUUUAGGUGCUCCAGAAUCACUCGGUAAACCAACUGUUCUUAAAUUUAGAAAUGCUGGUACCUCACCAAUUAAAGUUUAUUUAGAUAAAAUUCGUUUAGUUCCAGUUUAAACGAAUCGUAAUAAUAAUAAUAAUAAUAUAAUAAUAGUAUCUAUUAUUUGUUUUAGAUAUUAUAAUAAAAAAAUUUUAAAAAAUAAAAGUUUUAAAAAAAAAUAUGUAAAAUAU